AUGCAAGCAGAAAACAAGGGAGGCGAGAGGUACUUCGAAACACCCGAAGGAGAGAGGAUAAAUUACCCAGACUUUAACAAACCCAUCAGUCAAGGUGUUCCCCCACCGCACACUAAUAGAAGAUCAAGUCAGGCAUCUUCUGGAAAGAACACUCAAGGAGGAAUAUCUGGAAAGUCAGGUCAAGGCUCCUUUAGCAAAACCUCACAAGGUGUUGGUUCAACUAAUGGCACAAAGCAACCAGGCUCCUUGGGAAGCAAUAAAAGAUCAAAUCAAGAGCCUUUUGGAAAAGACAGUAACCCAAGAUCAUCACAGAAAUCAGGGUCACGGCAAGACACAGGAUCUUUUGGAAAAGAUAGUCUUGGACGAUUUUCUCAAAAAUCAGGCUUUAGCAGUCAAGGUGGCUCGUCGAAGCAAUCUGCGACCAGUUCUAAGCUUGGAUCUCAGACAGCCUCAAACUCAACUCAGAAGUCAUUUCAGAACUCAUCGGGUUUCAGUGAAGGUUCUGUUCCCAAGAGUGGAGCUAGUAAAUCGUUUGGAUCCAAAUCUGCGGGUUCGGGGUCUCAACUCUCAGGACAAUCAGGUUCUGAUUUUAAAAAUAGCAAUGACGGUUCCAAAGAAACAGACAAUGACGAGGCGUCGACCGCCGGCUCUACUGGACCUGAUUACUCCGAAGGUUCUCCAGAGACAGGAGGCUCCGAAGGACCUGGUGAUUCGGGAGGCUCAGAAGGACCUGGUGAUUCAGGAGGCUCCGAUGAACUUGAUGAUUCAGGAGGCUCUGAAGGAAUUCCCAGUGACGCCAAUGAAUCUGACGAUAACUAUAAUCAAGAAUCAGAUUCAGAAAUGUCAAGUACGAAAAGCGGGAACACUAGUCUGCUAAACAGAACUUAG